AUGAAGAGAAUAGAAAUAUCACAUUCACACGCUGGCUUUGCUGAGUCCAGAACCGGAAAGCAUUGGGUCCAAUAUGACGAAAACACGACAGAUGAUGCGCGAUUAUGGAGAUGA